AGCCAGUUAGCCCUUCAGUGAUUGCAAUCAAUAAAAACACUCGGCAAGGGGCCCAGAGGGGGAAAGAAAGAGAGACAGAGAGAUCUGUACUAGAAGCACUGCAGAGUAUGCCCUACCACUCUCUCCCUCCCCCAUUCCCCAAAAAAUCAAGUGAAACUUUGGCAACCACAAGAGAAGCUGGGUUCAUUUCAGCAGGCAGGAGAGCUCUGCAUCUUCCCCCAUUCACUUUCAAAUAGUUCCAUCCAGUCUCUGGGCUUUAGUGCGGAAUGAACAGUUUGUUUUCUUCCUGAGCCAUCUGAGAAGCAUUUGUUCCCAACAAGUGCAGGGGCAUCUCCAAGCUGCUUGUAAGGAAAAAAAAAACUUCUAUCAGAAAAGCAUGGGACUGGAUCCAGUUAAACGACUUCAGGAUGGAUGAUAUAUGGUCCUUUUUAUCAGAGGUUGUACCUACUUGCUGCAAAAGAAGCUACAGCACUCAGAUAUUACAAGUUCAGCUGGAGACCAGCUAAGGAAAAGCAGACUGUGGCGUCACUAUGUGGAGUUGCGCAGAUUUCAACUAUACCAACAACAGCGAGGAACAGAAUUUAUGCCAUGAUUUUCACCUUGUACUCUCUGUGUUAUCAUUAUUAUACCUCAUUGUUUGCUUCCCAAUUGGGCUGUGCUAUAAUGUCCAGCUUGUGUUGGUCAAUCUGUACAACAAAUCAACCAUGACGAUGCCAGAUGUAUACUUUGUCAAUAUGGCUAUUGCUGGACUUAUAAUUAACGCAGUGGCUCCGGUGUAUCUUCUAGGACCAGAAUACUCAAAGUGGUCCCUAUGGAGUUUUGGCAAUGAAGUUUAUAUCACCUUGCUAAUUAUUUUCAAUAUUUCCUCUUUGGUGAUUAUGUACUCUACCACUUUGCUUAGUCUGGACUACUACAUUGAAUGUGCCCUGCCAAGAACAUAUAUGUCAAGUGUCUACAACACAAAACACGUGUGUGGAUUUAUCUGGGGUGGAGCUGUGCUCACCAGCUUCUCGUCUCUACUCUUCUACAUCUGUAACCACGUUUCCACCAAAAUUAUCGAGUGCUCCAAAAUGCAAAACAGGGAAGCAGCAGAUGCCAUAAUGGUUCUGAUUGGAUAUGUUGUACCUGUCCUUGCCGUGGUUUAUGCAAUGGUGCUCAUCUUACAGAUACAAAAAGAAUCAACACCACUUGACCAAGACACCAGCAGACUGGAUCCAUCAAUGUACCGUCUUCUGAUGGCCACAGUGUGUACACAAUUUGUAUUAUGGACUCCAUAUUAUGUUACCCUGUUAGUGAACACUUUUACAGAUGCACAUGUCAAGUUUAACAAUCUACAAUUUAGAUGGACCUUUAACUUUGUAGGGAGCUUUUCCGUGUUCUUGGCCUUUUCCAGCAGCUUUGUUGUGCCGUUAUUACACAGACACAUCAACAAAAGCUUCCAAAGCAAACUACAAAGGUUACUGAAAAAACUUCAGUGUGGAAAUGAAGGUUGUGCAAAUGAACGUACAGUGGUGCAGCAGGUGUUAACUUGAGGAAGCACCACAUUGUUUUACAGAAACAUAGUUCUCAGCUAAACAUCCUUUGUUGUUUCAACCUUAUGAGUGGCUGCUACAAUUUCAGUUCUGUGCUUCGGGGCAAAAAUGCAAAUAUCAAACUGCACGUCCCACUGUCAUUUAAUGUUAAAAUUGUGGUCAAGAUCUACAGCUUAGGUUUAUGUUGACUUGAUUGGAAAUUUGCUUUGAACUUCUCUGGUGUAAAGUAGACAUAUAAGCAGGUCUGAACUGGACCUAUCAGGCCAAGACCAGCUUGGAGUAGAACUGUGUUCGACCUGACCAAUGAUAACCAGACCUCUAACAUAUCUAUAUGAACAGGCCAACCUAGCCACAUAACAUUCUUCUGACAUAGAUUUUGGAAGGUAACCAUUACACAUAAAUAACUGCAAAGCACUUUGAUACUAGAAAUACAUUUUUUUCCUAUUAUAAACAAAACAGAGAGAGGUGAAUGUUUCUAUUUUAUGUACAGGUUGUAGCACAACCUUUUGUUAAUUUGCCAAAAUGACUACUAUAUUAAAGGGACACUGUACCCAAAUUUUUUCUUUUGUAAUUCAGAAAGAGCAUGAAAUUUUAAGCAACUUUCUAAUUUACUCCUAUUAUCAAUUUUUCUUCGUUCUCUUGCUAUCAUUAUUUGAAAAAGAAGGCAUCUAAGCUUUUUUUUUGGUUUCAGUACUCUGGACAGCACUUUUUUAUUGGUGGAUGAAUUUAUCCACCAAUCAGCAAGGACAACCCAGGUUGUUCACCAAAAAUGGGCCGGCAUCUACGCUUACAUUCUUGCAUUUCAAAUAAAGAUACCAAGAGAAUGAAGAAAAUUUGAUAAUAAGAGUAAAUUAGAAAGUUGCUUAAAAUUUCAUGCUCAAUCUGAAUCACGAAAGAAAAAUGUUGGGUACAGUGUCCCUUUAAGUCGAAUUAAAUGUUUGGAAGUCCAGUAUAAAAUUGAUAGCACAGCUAGUACAUAUAUGCAAGAUGAUUUAUUUUAUCUGAAGUAAUAAACUGAUUUUUCCUUCUGGAAAUAACAAAAAAUAAAGAACCAUGAGUGAUAUAUUGCGAUCAGUGCUUUUUAUAGUAACUUUCUAAAGUACUGACAUAAUAAAAAAAAGUAGAAAUUCUGAAUAUAAUUUGCACCUAAAUAAAAUUUGAUGUUCUAUGCAAAAAGGUUUUUGGUCCUAAAUCACAGAUGGGAAAAAAAACACAGAAAUAACAUUGCUAAAAUUAUAUAUUAUUAAAUUGCCUACAGAAGUAUUAUUUUUUUGAAUGUUAAGCUCUGGGUAUUCAUUAAACUUGAAUAGCUGCUUCAGAGAUGCACUGCAAUGUUAAGAUUGCAGGUUGCAAAAAUGAAGAACGUGUGACUGUUUUGCAGAGGAUGACAUAUUUUAACAUCCAGAAGUCAACAUCUUGGGCUCGAUUUAUAUUUAUCAAGCCCCCCACCCCCCACCUACGACUGCAGGUUCUCACCAGUGUUAACUUUGACAUCAAAUUUAGAUUUUGUCUUAGUUUUAGUAUUUUGACUAAAAUGCCAUUUUAGUUUUAGUCGUAUUUUAGUCAUCUGAAUUGUUUUAGUUUUAGUCUAGUUUUAAAAUCUAAAAUGUCUUAUUUAAGCAUUUCUCUAUAAUUUCCAAACUCCAAAUUUUAUACUCCAGGAGUAAACAUAACACCUGUUAUUAUUUAUGGUAUUAAGGUCUAAACAUGCAAUACAGACACAGAUUUAGCCAUUGUGAUAUAUAACGUCUUUAUUAAACUUAAACUUAAAUAAAACCAAGUUUCGUAAGCAAACAGAAGUGCAACUUUAAAAUAUAAAAAACAAGCUGUAAACUGUAUUGGCUGUAACGCCAUUGCACAUAUUACCCAAUAUAAAAACUUUAACAGUUCUCUGUUAAUAAUUAAAAUAAGUAUCAAGUAACUCAACACAACAAAAGUCUAGUUUUAGUCGACAAAAUUAACACUGGUUUUCACAAGAGAACCUGCAGUCAGAAUUUAUCAAGCAGCGGUCUGCGGUGGAUAAUUUCAAUCUUCGUAGUCUUGUCCGGCCGGUGAAGAAUGACAGCUCCUAACCGUGAGUGAUUGGCUGUGUGCAGGCAGGGGGUGGUGUUGCAUGCACGCGUAAAAAUAACGCGCGCGUGCAAUUGUAAAUUCCGGCAGUGGAUUGCUGCCGCCAGAAGUAAGCUGGGGUGAACAGGAGCGAAUAUGUACACCCCUGUCCUCCCUUGCUUGAUAAAUCGAGCCCCAGGUGUUAGUACUACACACACAUUGUAUUUUCCCAGUCUGAUUCACUGAUUAAUAUAUUACUGAAAGCUCAUUAAAGCUUUGUGUAGAUUCCUGCAGCUGUAAGACACAUAACUUCCUGGUACGCCUGCUGAACUAGUAGGAAGCAAAGGGUCAUACAAGAUGGUGCGUCUGGAAUUUAACAUCUUGUUAGAAAACAAUGUGCACCAGUUAAAUGGUUAAAGAGACAUUGUACUCUGAAAUCUUCUGCCAUGCCUAUGAGUGUGCAUCAUUUAAAUCUGUCGAACAUAUUUUUUGCAAUAAAUUAUUACUUUUUCUCCCCAGCAGCAUAUGCUGUGAAGGCCUGUUCAUCAGUAUUCAAACACUAGACCUUCUCAGAAAGUCAGCAGUGGCUUUUAUGACACAAAUUAAGUCUUCACAGACCCAAUACACAUCACCACCAGCUCUCUGAGCUUGAAUACUGAUGCACGGGCCAAACAGCAUAUGUACGUAUGCUGCUGAAAAACAAUAACAACUUUUACUAGACGCAUUUCUGUUUAUUGAAGUAUAUUGCAAAAAAAAUUCUAUUUAAAAUUAAGAUGCACUCAUGCACAUUUAAUUUUUGACCUUGCUAUCCCAAAGUUUAAGUGAACGCUCUUUAAAUUGAAUUUGGAACCACCAGGAAGUGCUCAAAAGAUAUUUGCUGUUGUAUGGCAUACUCGUUGAUAAUGACAACUCCCAUAGCGUCAUUGGAGGAUAGAAACAUGCAUCUAUAAGCCUUAUAAGAAAAGAUUGGUCUACUCAGAACAGGAAAUGUGCUUUGAAAUCCCCUCUUUUAGAAAAAAAAUGUCCUUCUAUUCCAUGUAUAUUUCAACCACUUAGCUCUGCGAGUAUUUAAGCUACAAGAAGGUCAGAUAAACACCACUGCCACAUUGCAGCUCUGUGAUCUCAGAACUAUAUAUGCACUGCUCGCCAGUAUAUACUACCUCAAAUGCCUUACACUUGGGUCAUUAUUUCCAAGCUUCACAUCCUAUACACACAAAACAAAACAUGUAAAUCCAUAGAAAAGCUAUGAAAUGUAAACACUUUUGCAAAUGGCAUUAUAUAUUAAAAAAACAAAACAUGCUAAUGAUGUAAGAAAUAUUGUUGCUAUCAAAUAUUUUACUAUCUGAAGGAUAUAGUCGUAAGUAGGCAGUUUAGUAUUUCAGUGUAUUAUGCUUUUAAAUUCAAGAAUAUAAAAAUCUACUGAUGUAUAAAAACACAUUCUUGUAUAUUGUUAAAUUAUUUUCUGUAUGUGAGCAACUUUACAGAAAUGCUAAAAAUGAAGUGUAUGUACAUAUUUCACUUGGUAUUGUUUCUAUUUCUACAAAAGAAUGAAAGUGCCCUUAGCAAUGUGCUACCAUGUGUUGCUGCUGCACAUGCGCCUGUAAGAGAUUUAAAAGGACACAAAAGUUAAUAGUAUGCAGGUGUGCCAAGCUUUGUGUGUAAAACACGUAUGUGUAUAUAUAAAUAAAAGACAAACUUUUUUUUAACACACUUUAUAUAGCAUACAUUGUACAGCCACUGUAUACUAUUGACAUUUAAGGCCCUUGAAAACAGUAUUAUAUAUAUAUAUUUUUUAAAUAUAGAAUUUUUAAAGUGUUGUGUAUGUUAAUGUAUCAUUCAAUCAGACCAAUAAAAUAACAUCCUGGUUUAACUGUA